UUGCCUUCUGGAGUUUCCCUGACAGUGAAGAUGACAUCAGACUGUAUUCCUGUCUGGCCAAUGGGUCAGCUGAUGAGUUCCAGAGAGGAGAACAUCUCUUUAGGGAUAGAGCGGUCAAAGAUGUAUUACAAAUUGGCUUCCACCUAUCAGCCACAGUUGUCCUUAGUAUGCCUCGUGCACAGUUCAAUGUGGCUGUAACAUUUGACCGGCAGAGGAUAUCUUCUUGCAACUGCACUUGCUCAUCAACAGCCCACUGGUGUUCUCACAUAGUUGCAGUUUGUCUCUUCAGGAUCCAUUUGCCUACACAAGUAUGCCUGCGCGCACCGGUCUCAGAGUCCUUGCAGCGCCUUCGCCGCGACCAACUCCAGAAAUUCGCACAAUACCUCAUAUCGGAGCUUCCGCGCCAAGUGUUACCAACCGCGCAACGAAUACUCGACGAGCUGUUGUCAGCACAACCUAACUCUAUCAACACGACUUGCGGCGCGCCAGACCCCACGGCAGGCGCUUCGGCCUACGAAUACACCUCAUGGUUUCUCGACGAGAAGACCUUGCACAACAAUAUUAAUAAGAUUUUAGUCAAGUUCUGUGUACCAGCGCCAAUUGUAUUUAGUGACGUGAACUACUUAAGUACAAGUGCGCCACCGGCCGCAGCAGAAUGGUCGUCAUUACUCAGACCGUUACGAGGACGGGAGCCAGAGGGAAUGUGGAACUUGCUUUCUAUUGUUCGCGAGAUGUUUAAGCGAAACGAUAGGAACGCUAUACCACUGUUGGAAAUCAUCACAGAAGAGGUCAUGGCUUGUGAACAGAUUAUAGUAUGGUGGUACAGCACGAAGGCGGCGCUGGUAGCGUGGGGCGGAGGUGGCGGGGGAGGCAAGCAUGGCGGCGGGGGAGGGAACUCUUCCGCACAACACGCCUGUUCUUCUUUGUGCGACGAGGUUGUAGUCCUCUGGCGUCUGGCGGCGUUGAAUCCGGGCCUGGCGCCUCACGAGCGCGACACGCUACACGAACAAUUCGCUCAGUGGCACAUGAAGGUUCUUGACAAAGUGGCGAAAAAUCGGAACAAUCACAUGAGCAGUUCUUCGCAUGCGCGCCAUGCCCGCGCCCACUCCCACCCCCCUUACAUCAACGGUAUUUCCGAGAACGAAGUGUUCCCAGGGUUCCACCCCGCCAUGGAGGCUUGUUUUCUCGAGUGGGAAGACUACCAAAUUCCUGGCGUCACUUAUACGAAAGACCUGAACCCAUUGUACCACAGUCCAUUCACUAUAUUCAGACAUACUGACAAGCAGAAUGACAGCGUUCAUCAGGUGAACUCAUCAAAAGCUGUUUUGAACAACGAGAUGUCGCUAAGCUAUCGUUUGACGAACCCCGAAGCUAGUAUGCAGGGUCACCGCACUCUGGUCCACAGAAACAGCCGCAUCAACGUCGACCUGGCCAUGCCGGGACCUUCGGGACAACCUUGCGGUGCCGGUGAUGGCCCCAGUGACGCACCACGUGAUUCCGGCCCCAGUGAUGGAAACCAUUCAAGUGUAUCUUCUGAAGGUUUCUGCGAAAACGAAGAAGAAAUUCUCCAGCAAAGCGGCGGCGAUACAGAUUCCCAAGAAUCUAGUUCUCCCCCCGUGUCGUCUGACGACGCACAGCGGAGAGUUUCCAACGAUGACUCAGUGUCUGACGACGACUGUAAUAUGUACUUCUAUGACACUGCCGCAGCGAGACGAGUCGCUGGGGAAAGUUCCAGUGCUGUUAAUCCGUCAGGUUCAGGAAAUGGCGCGGGAGGUUCGGGUUCAAUGUCGCACGGCGCCGGUAGUUCGCUCGACGGAUGGGAGUGUGGAUGGGAGGUUGCUUUCGCUAGAGCUGAGGGCUUGCAGGCGCACGGGCACGCGCGCGAGGCGUGCGCGCUGGGCGCGCGCCUCGCACGCGAGCUGCUGGCGCGCCCGCCCGCGCUCAGCGGCGCGCCCGCCGCCGCGCCGCCCCACGACCCGCGCAAGGCUCGUCGUCGCCACGCGCCGUCGCCGCGUCUGUGCGCCGCCAGCCAUCGUCUGUCGUGUCUCGCCUCCGCUACACUCGCCAAGUGUGCCUUCCUCUGUACUGUACUAGCAGAGUUCAGCGAGCACCAUGAACUAGCUUUCCGCGUGGGUUUGUUCGCGUUAGAAAUGGCGCGACCUCCGGCGAGCACCAAAGCAUUGGAAGUGAAGCUGAACAACCAGGAAACUGAAUUGGUCGCUCUGCUAAAGAAACUGCCCACUGGACCCGAACAACUCACACUGGCAAGGGAAAAGGCUGAACAACUAAGAGAUGGCACUCUUAGAAAUCGUGGACCAGCGCUGUUGCCUAUUGCGUUAGCAAGUUUUCUGUUCGAUGUUCUUGUAUUAUCUGCAACAGACAAAGAAAACAAACAUCCAGCAAGAUCGCCAUCCGACGAGGUGCUAGGUUUCGAAUCGGCUGUGGCGGCUUUAGGAUUGAAAGCAAAUGUAGCAGAAGCUGAACAUCCGCUGCUAUGUGAAGGCACGAGACGACAACGCGGUGAACUGGCGCUUACUCUCUUGGCAUUCUACAAAGACGACCCAGUCAAAUUGGCCAGAAUUAUGAAUAAGUUGCUGGACCGCGAAAUCCACCAGCUGACGAAAGGGCAAAUGGUCAGCAUGUAUUACACAAACAACCCGCGACUGGCCGCCUACCGCGCCGACGUCCAACUGCCCUCCUACCCCCAACAUGCCCAUCCCCAACACCCUCACCCGCAGCACCCCCCGCAUCCUCAACACCCUCAGCAUCCGCAGCAUCCCCAACACCCCUCGCAUUCUCAACACCCACAGCAUCCACCACAUUCGCAACCUUGCAUGGCGCCACCGCAGCCGUGUCAGUUGGUGGCGGACAUGGAGCGACUGGUGGUGACGGACAAUGGCGCCUCGCCCCCCGCGCACUCCGCCCCGCACCCCGCGCCCAUCAACAGGUCUAAAGACUCCAGAUACAAAGGCAAACGCGUGUAUCCGUCAGUGCCGAACCAGCCGUCAGAAGCGUCUGCGCACUUCAUGUUCGAACUCGCUAAAUCCGUGCUGUUCAAAGCUGGCGGCUCGUCUAGCACCAGUCUGUUCACACAGACCUCCUGCGCCAGAGAACAUCAUGGACCACAUAGAGGCUUGCAUAUGGCGGCUUUUCAGUUAGGCCUUUAUGCCCUCGGGCUUCAUAACUGCGUUAGCGCAAACUGGCUCAGUCGCACGUAUUCUUCGCACGUCAGCUGGAUUACAGGACAAGCGAUGGAUAUAGGCGCACCAGCGAUUCUAUUCCUCAUAGAUGCUUGGGAAGGUCAUUUGACACCUCCCGAAGCUGCUAGCAUCGCUGAUAAGGCGUCGUCGGGGCGGGACGUGGGCACGGUGCGCGCGGCGGCGGAGCUGGCGCUGUCGGUGCUGCCGCACGCGCACGCGCUCAACUACAACGAGAUCCAGCGCGCCGUGCUGCAGUGCAAGGAGCAGAGCGACGGCAUGCUGGAGCGCGCCUGCCUCACCGUCGAGGCCGCGGCCAAAGGAGGCGGCGUAUACCCAGAGGUUUUAUACACCGUAGCUCGUUACUGGCACGAGUUAUACCUGCGUCAAGCGAGUGAAGAAACUGAGCCUAUACUAGACGAGCCGCAGUUCCGUGCCGUGCCGCCGGUGGCCGUGCCCGUGCCGUACCCGCUGCCGUACCCUUUUCCGUACCACCCCUACCCGCCGCCCAUCUAUCAGCUUCAGUACGGAGGGGCGCCGACGCCGCACGCCGCGCCGCAGUACGCGCUGCCGCCGUACUUCGUGCGCGGGCUGGUGGCGCCGCCGCACGCGCCGCUGCCUGCGCACGCGCCGCACCAGCCGCACGUCGCCCACCAGCCGCAGAUCGCCGUCAACCAGCACCCCGCCCCCAUUGCGGCACCGGUGCCGGCCCCCCACAACAACCCAAACGUGGCGGCCGUGCCCGUCAACCCCGGGGGCAGCAACCCCGGCAACGCGCCCGCUGCGUCCGCUCCCGGGCCCCCGCCCCUGCCGCAGGCGCAGCUGAGAAGGUUACUGGCGGCCUAUAGAGUGGGAAUGUUGGCUUUGGAGACGCAAGCCAGAAGGGUCCAUGAUGAUCGGCCGCAGAAUAAGUUUGGCAGAAACCCACCAUAUGGAGAGCACGUGAAAUGGCUCCUCCGCAUCUCGAAACACCUGGGCGCGCAGUACCUACACCAGUUCUGCGUGUGCGCAGUGAACUCGGUGGUGUCGCCGUUCGUGCUGUACGAGCUGUGCGUGGAGUGCGCGCACUGGCUGGCGCGCGGCGGCCCGCAUCAGCUCGUCAUGCAGCAUCUCCGCGGCACGCUCGCGCCUCUGGUGCAGAAAUGUCAGCAGAUGUACAUACAAUGCAUCCACCAGAAGUUGUAUCACCUGACGUCGGUUGAGUACGAGGAGUUCGUCAGUAUAGUUCUGUCGGCGCGCACGGCCUUCCAGUUGACGCCUGAGGGCAACACGCAGUUCAAGGAAUGGCUUGCCUCAUUGCGCAGGUCGAAGUCCUGCAAGAAGGACCUGUGGACGCAACUGAACGCGGCAUUACAGACGAACGGCAAAUGACGUCGGCAGCCGAUAGUUUGUAUGGUGCGGUGCUCCGCGCGCAAACUGUCGCAAUACAGGCGAUGGCCGCGUUACCGGCUGUUCUACCACAUACACACUCUCUAACUAUAUUAUAAGUUGUGUUAUUUGUAAUUUCCGACAACAUUAUAAUUAAUCUGUGUUCUAUAUUCGUAUUCUCAUUUGAGAUUUUACCCGGAGACAUAUACUUGGAUGUCUUGUACGUUCAAAUUACAAAUAACACAACUCGAUUCUAAGAUCAAAGAAAUGAUUCCGAUAGCUAAUUCAACACUCGACUAGAGGGUAAACGAUCUCAAUAUAAACGAGCAGAUUUUAAAUGACAACAAAUGUUGCUAACUCCUCGCGUUGUACGAUUAUCUAUAUUGUAUGUUCCUUUAUUGACUACAUGAUAGAAACGGAAUAUACAGUGAUGUUGACGAGCGUUCAUUCCCGCUAUCAUCGAAAACUAGAUCUCAACUUGUAAAUAUUUUAUUCGUUAAUCAUAAUCAUCAUUCAACAUUCGUUUUGUUUCUAACUCGGAAAGUUUACAAGCUCAUUUUGAAGGUUGUGUGUUAAAUAGUAUGAGAUUUGAUUGUAAUCGGGUUCAUGUGAAGACGUGUGAAAUAAAGGAGUUUAGCAACAUUUCUCUAAUGUUUGUGCAAUGCGGGACGGAAUGAGAUCUCGACUAUAUAAUCUAGUAUUAUGGCGUGUUUUGUGUAUCCAUUUUAGCCGUAAUCGAGCGCGUAUUUGGUAUAUUAGUGGUUGUUAGUGCAAGCCUAUGUAUUUGUUAAUGCAUGAGGCUACGCAACCAGAGUACAUUGCACAAAGUUGUUUGAAGUUAAAAUUAUAACUAUGCAACAGUUUCAACUUUCAGUCUGUGAACUAGUCAAUGGUUUUACGGUUUUCGGAAACCAGUGAAAUCUUAUUCGGCUUCUCGACGGCUUUAUUAUACUAUUAUUUCUACUUAUAUGUAAUUUUUAUUGAAAUUCGUUUUCUUAAAAUCCUAAUCAGAACUUGUUCGUUCUCGUAAUGUAAUUUAUGAUUCAGUUAUGGUUAACAUUGAUUUAUUCUUUAGUUAAUUAUGGAUACUAGUAACUAGUAAUGUCUUAUAGUAGACCCCGAAUCUUGUCUAAUUAAAUUAUUUUGAAUCAGAUAAUUGUUUUGCAUCAUUUCAAGAGAGUUAGUGAAAUUGAUUAUAUCACAUUUCUUAUUUUUGUGGUUUAUUCAUGUUAUGUUCUAGUUUGUGGUUAUAAAAUAGUAUUUUUUUCUUGUUGUUUUGCCAUAUUAUUCUGCGCUUACAUAAGCGAUUAUUGAAAUUAAAAAUUUGUGUGACCUAAAACUAUAGUAGUUAUACUCUAACAAGACAUUAUCGUAUUUGCUUGUAUCCAUUUAGCGAAUUUUGAUAAAGAUCUCUGACAGUUUUAUUAAGUACCUAUGUAGAGAAUGUUCACUUCAUUUUAUGUAUUUAUGUAAGUAUAAUUCAUUUUUCUGUACUUGUCUGGUCAUACGUUCUGAACAAUCGUUAAGAUUUAAUGUUUAUGCAGUCUGUAUUGAAUGAUGUCGUACGAAAUUGAAAAUGUAUAAACAACAUUUGAAUAUCUGUACUUCGAUAUGUACUAAAAAUGUACGCGGUACGAUCGUACAUAAAAUCGCAAUUGGACAAGACACGAAAUUUUGAUGUAUGAUAAAUUUCAAAUUUAUUAACAAUAGUCCAUAAUAUUAUAUUGAAGAUUGGCUUAAGAUGUUUCAAGUGACCUAAAAAGUGUCAUUAGACUACAGAAUAUUAGACAGAAUGUAGAUGAUGACCGUCGAUACACUAUUUUUGAUAUUCUCUUGUCGAAAUUUGCAGUUUCAUGAUGUUUAAAUUAUUAACGUCUUGCGAGAUUAAGGUAGACGUGCGUUCGAGUAACUAUAGUAACUUUAUUUACAAGUUUAUAUUAUAUUAUUAUUAUAUCGUAAUGCGUAGUAGCGUUUUGGGAGCCUUCGGAAUAUAAAUAUAUAUUGUCAAGGGCGCGCGACUGGCAGCAAAACACUCCACGAGAUCAAAUAGUACACGAAAUAUUAUCGAGUAAAUCUAAUAGAUCAGGAUAUGACAUGGCUACUCGGAAUAUAAAUGAUUUCGAAGCAAUUAUGCACCGUAUAAGUAGAAUUCCUAAAAUCCCUAAUAAUAAUCAUUUCAAAGUCAGAUAUCCAUAAUAAAUUAUAAAAUAUAUUAUAUAGAUAUCAAAUCGUAUUUCACGAAUAAAUUGAAGUAUAUGUUGUUAGUAAAUAUAAUAAUUAAAUGAAAUAAAAUAAGAUCUUCCAACCAUAAAGCAAUACUAAAAUAUCAUUUUAUACGUAUAUUUGAUAAAUCAUAAGCUCAUAAUUUAUAAUAACAUAUUGUAGUGAUUUAUAUCAGUAUAUAAUAUUUGUAUUAAAACAUGCAGAAUGAUAGUAUUAUACUACAAAGGUAUUAAAAGGAGGUAAAGUAUGUAUCAGUAUAUACCAUUGUAGUGUGAAAAUAGUAUUGAGAAUUUUCGAGAUAAUAUAUGCAGAAAAGGGUAGUUAUGGCAGAAAGUCGUAUGAAAUUGCUCAAUCUUAACAUCUGUAAGAGUGAAUGUAGGAAACGGUGGGAUGACAUCGUGCCUAUUUUAUAUGUCGAUAGGAGCCUAUUUUAUAUGUCGAUAGGACAUUGGAAAAUGCACCCAUUUUGUGCCUUGUAAACUGAUUUUUAAGUCAUUUGCAAACCCUAGCUUCAGUCAUCAAACGAUAAGUUAAUGCCGAAAUAUGCGUAGCAACGAAUUACUCGAUACAUAUUCCAUUUAUAUUAUGAUCGUCACAUAACAUAGGUGUCACUUUCAAUCCGUAAUUAGUAUUCCGUAGAUAUUAGCAUAGGCAAGAUACUUAUUACUCUUAAUAACUAUUGAAAUCUGACAUUGAAAUGAUGUAUUUGUUACCAGUCGGGCGUCGGGUAGUUUUAGUUCGAUAUCUUUAUAAAUUAGAUGUUUAUGUGCAUUCAUUGAAAGUGUGAAUGUUUUUGGCAUUCAGUAGAUAGUAAAUUUUUAGAAUGCUAGUUAGUAUAAAUUGACGUUCGUAACAAUUUGAAUAGAGCUAAGCCGUAUGAUUUCGAUUCUAUAACGAAGGGAUUUCUUUCAAAUAGGAAGUAGUGGUUCGGUUAUAAUUGUGGUUUAAAGGUCGUGGUUGAUUUAAACGGCACUGUUCCCACUUGGCAAAAGUGUUCAUUGAAAUGUGAGCUUUCUAGCGUUCUCUAAAGACAUUUAUAUCAACAACAAAUUAGCAUAGGUACAUUUUGCUGUCAGCUGAUAGCUGUUGUAUUGUUAACGUAAAUUUAAGUGGAUGCUUUGAAGCUCAUUUCUCAAUAAUCGUUAUUUUAUUUGGUGAAAGCGAUGUCGUCUAAGUCUACCUUGAUCUGUGUUCUUGAAGGUUGUUGCGGUUUAUUCAAUAUGUUUAUAGAGCACAACAGUUUUUCGCUGUUUCCGACUAGUUAAUAAUGCACUGUGGGGUUCUCUGUCGUCGGAAGUAGCGUCGCAAAGGAAGUCUAUCCGUGCGAUAAGCUAUUGUAGAUUGUAGAACUACGAAGUACAAAUUUAACGAGUGUUAUUCAGUGGUGCUUGUUGAGUGUUUGGUCUUGAAAAUAUUAUGAUAUCGAUUUAUCGGUCUAAAUGUAAGUUCUGUCGCAUUAUCUUACCACAUUUUCCGUUCUAAUUGUUUUAAUGAUUUCAACAUACUACCAACCAACCAACUCCUUUCGAAACGCUGCGUCAUUAGUAGACAACUACGGACGACAAACGGAAAAGGAGUUAACGUUACCGUUCUCUCAGAUUUCUCUGACCGUUGUGGUUAAGUUUUAAAAUGUCUUAAGUACGGUAAAAUCUCGAAGCACAAAGUUACACAAAUUACUGGUUUUAGCUUGAGACACUCAUAGUGCCGAGUUGGGAGUUCUUAGAUCACUUCCUUUGCGGCGAUCAAUCUGAACAAAAAUAAAGUGUAAAAUUAAUACUUAUAUAGUUUCUCUAACGAUUUGCCGUCCAUGAUUACUUUGCAAAUCUCCAUUUACAUACUAGUAUACCUGUGUUUACAUUGUCUUCUAUAAAGGUGAUUAAAAUUAAUAUAUAAAUUAUUUACAAACAUAUAUCAGAAUCUUCAAGAAAUUCUUCUCCUUGGGCAUUAUUAACAAUUUUUGUAUAAUCUAAUCCUUAAUGUUCAACUUUUCCGUAUUACAUUUCACCACAUGGCAUUAAGGAGUACUUUGAAGUUUAUCUCAAAGAACUAUUUUUACACUAUAAAGCGUAUUUAAUAAUAAUAUUGAAAAAGAUAAAUAUAUCGUUAGUUUCGUAAUAUAGAAUGUUAGUACGGAGCAUAUUUUAAUUAGUCGUUUAAUGCAUGUUCAUAGUUUGUAAUUUGCCCAGUGUCCGAGUUGCGAGACGUCUUAUUUGAUGUUGUGGUAUUCUAAUUUUGCAAGUUAUCGAUAUCACAUAUCAUUUCGAUAUACACUAAACUGUACCUUACUGUACUUUACAAGCUGCCUGUAUAACUUUUCACCGUUUUCUAUGAUCAUAAUACUUGAACAAUAUAAAGUUACAAUAAAAGUCGGAUGAUUAAGUAAAAUGGACAGGAGACAUACAGUCGACUGAAAGUAAGAAAUAAAUGAGAUCAUCAUGUAGCAUCUUGUCAGUUGUUAGUACUUUUUACUGAAGGCAAAAUUGCCAUGAGUGCCUAAAUAAAUAGAGCAGAUAGUUCUUGUCCCUUUAGAAAUGACGAUUGUUUGUAUGUCUCUCCACAUCUCCAUACGUUAUUUGCAAUUCUCGUGAGUACCGAAAUAUAAAUACAUUAAUCCAUUGCGCGUUAUUUAAUCUUCUCUUGCGAUUGUAUUUAUAUUAUCUUCUUACGUAAUUUAUGAUACGUUUGAUUUCGCGGUGAGUUACGUUCGCUGGAGAUUAUCUCAGAUAACUUCUCUGAAUUUUCACUGUACAUUGUAAUACUCAAGAUAUGCUUAAAACUACGUCACAUCACAGUCAGUUAGGUUACCGAGGAUUACAGAAUGGCAAGUCUGUUUAGUUCUAAAUCGUUGAUGCAUAAUUAUUUUAUACAUCUGGAUUCGUAGUUUAAUUAUACACUUUGUAAGUGUGGUAUCUCCGCCUAUUAUUAAAGUAUGUAACCAUUGCAGAUUUGGAAUGGCUAUUGUUAGUACGUAUGUAAAAUAUAAUUAUAUUUUUAUUGUUCAUAUCGCAUAUUUGUCAUUUGCAAGAAGGUACAGUGAGAAGGAACAACUGUUUGUUAUCAUAAAUGUAAAUUAUAUAAUAUUGUUCAUUCAUGCUCAGAAUUGUAUCUCGGACAGUCCGAAUAGUUAUUCGAUUUAAGCGAGGUAAUGCCACAAACAGUUUAUCUUCGCGCCAUAGACUUGAUUUGCAAGCUGUCCAAAUUAUUCAUCUUGCAGGGCGUAAGACUGAUAUGAGCACUUUUUGAAAUAGUUGAUUUUGAAAGUCCUACUUAAAAAUCAGGGUGUCUGUAAACAAUAUCCGUCAUAAUAUUUGACACCUAAUUCGAGUAUCACCAGUGUUUAAACAUUGUUUUAAGACAUCCUGAUAAAUAUAGAAGUGCCCAUUAUAUGUAAUAUUUAUUAAAGUAUAUAGCACUAGACAUUUUGCUCCGUUGUCGCAAAUGGUUGUAAUUAUGAAAGUAUAGUUAUUAUUAAUUAGUAAAAUCAAGUAAAAGGAUAGACUGUUUUGCACGUUUCUGGUUUGACCGUCGUUGUCUUGUUGUUGGCGGACGUUGACGGACCACUUUAUGAUGGCAAGCUCGGCAUCCCGACCUCAGCGUCUGCCGUGUUCUGGUAUUUUGUCUAUUCAAUAUCCCACUUAUAUAAUGAUGUAUGCUCCCGUUCAGACUCGAAAUAUUUUGACCUCUAGAACAUUUUUUAUUAUUACUUUACUAUUACACAUAUUAUAAGUCUUUUUUGGCAAAAUAUUUGAAGUAACAUUAUUUAAUUAUUCAAUAUACUUAUUCUAUAUUAAGA